GUUCCUGCCAGCCCAUCUUCUGCAUUGCACGAUAGAGCCGAGAAAGGGACAGAGCCGCGCCUGCGUACUCGAGACGCACCGUCAAUCGCACAAUCCGAGAAUACUUGGGACCAUAGGCAUCAUGUCGGCAGACGGUGAAUCGGCACGCGACGUGCAAAGUGCGCUGUCAGUGCUGCCCCCUCCACGGGCAUGCCUUUCGGAACACUUGGAUAGCAUCACCGGCGUGCGUCUACCGGGAAAACCUUCAUCGUCGCUGUGGGAUGUAUCCAUCCACGACGGCAGAAUAUCUUCCGUUGACCAGCAUGAUGCCAGUAACACACGGGUCCAGAAUGAGGGCACCGAGGUCGUCCACGACAACAUCUUCGAUGGAUCCAACCGUUUGCUCGCACCGUCGCUCUGCCAUGCCCACGUCCAUCUGGACAAGUGCUUUCUCCUGCAAGACCCCAAGUACAGCGACUUACAAAUUGAGAGCGGCGAUUUCCAGGAAGCAAUGGAGUUGACUGGGAAGGCCAAAGCACGGUUUGACCAAGACGACCUCGUUCGGCGAGGUCGCACGCUCAUCGAAGAGAGCAUAUCCCAUGGUGUGACAUCCAUGCGAGCGUUUGUGGAAGUAGAUGGAGGCGUGCAGUUCAAGUGCAUUCUUGCUGGCCUAAAGUUGAAGGCCGAGUUUAGAGAUCUUUGCGAGAUUCAGCUGUGUGCCUUCGCGCAGCUGCCGCUUUUCUCCGGAGAGGACCGAGGUGAAGAGACUCGAAAGCUUAUGAAGAUAGCUGCCACAAUGGAAGACAUUGACGUACUAGGCAGCACGCCGUACGUUGAAGAAGACCCGACAAAGCAAGAGGCGAAUGUUCACUGGAUUAGCUCGUUGGCGCUCGCCAAUGGGAAACACCUCGAUCUGCAUCUUGACUAUUUUCUAGAAGAGCACAAGCAGCCAUUGGUUGGGACGGCACUGGAAAUCAUCAAAGGAUAUAAGUGGAUUGAAAACCAAGGCAAGCAGAUCACACUAGGCCACUGCACUCGGCUUACAAGAUUCAACGUUGAGGAAUGGAGGACAUUAAGACAGAGCAUUGGUAAUCUCCCAGUGUCCUUCAUCGGGCUUCCGACGUCCGAUCUUUUCAUGAUGAGAACUCAUGAAAACCUGCGUGGCACGUUGCCGAUUGUUGAGAUGAUCCAGCGUCAUGGUUUAGAGGCAGCGAUCGCCAUCAACAAUGUCGGCAACGCGUUUACACCCCACGGGAACUGUGAUCCACUUAGUAUCGCGAGCCUCGGAGUGGGAAUCUACCAAGCCGGCACAAAGCAGCAUACAGAGAUAUUAUACGAAGCCGUCUCAAGCAGGGCGAAGGCAGCCAUUGGCUGCGAGUCUACAUCGCUCGGUCUACGUAUCGGAGACCCUGCAGAUUUCGUACUCUUCAACAGGCCAAGUGACGGGCGGUGUAGAAAGAGCAUAUCAGAAGUGGUGUACGAUGCAGGCUCUACCAGGGCGACAAUUCGACGUGGCAGGUGGACUGGGAAAGCCUAGGCAGUUCAAACUGAUAGUGUCAUAUGGCUAUGAAGAGCAAUGUGACGAGAAGACAAGAAGAUGAGAAGUUUGAGCAGCAGGCACAGCUACGCCGCGCUCUUGCCGUUUUUGUGCAGCCAUCCUAGUACCUCCCAUGCAGUGCAACAAACACGCGGCGACGAGUCUUCGCAUGCCUCCUCAAUGCCCAGCUCUCUUAUACGAGCAGGUAUUGCCGACUUCGGGUUCUACCCGCCUUUCGGGAUUCCAUUGGAGGGUCCAGGCAAUACUCACGCGCUUCUCCCUUCACCUAACGACUGCCAAGACCCGCUAUAAAUCACACUCACACCUCAAUCACCACGCAUUCUGAGCUCGCGAUUACGAUCUGGAACCUCGGCC